GGAAAAAAAAGAAGCAAAUUAAACGGAAUCAUUUAUGCAGUAAUUCAGAGUGGGCUAAUGGGACCAUGGAGCAUCCUGGGCGAGUCACCUCUUCCAUUGUAAAACAAACGGCAACGUGUCAAACGUUGAGCUAAACAAACAAGAAAAAAUUGUUAUGUAGCCGCUCCCUCUAAAUAGUACAUGAUGUGCAUAUCCUGAAAACACACUACACAAUUUAGUACUAGGUAGUUUCUGGCUGCCGAAGAAAUGUUGGGAAUCUUAAAAUGGAUUUUGUCUACUGGAAUUUUUAAGACGGAUCUCUAGCGGAAUCAGAACUCUCACUUUACAGAUUUGGUUAGUGUUUCUUACAUGUUUUAAAGAGCAUUGCACAGAGAUCAUGUGGCAUGGCAUCAUUUUACAUCUCUCUCUACAUGAACAUGUAUAGAGAUCUCCACGAGCCUGCUCUCGUAAUUGGAGGAUGCUUUGUCUUGGUAGCAUUGAUCCUCUCUCUUCUCUUAAUUUUUCAGCAUCUCAGAUACUAUAGUAAUCCAGCGGAACAAAAAUGGAUCGUGGGGGUAAUUUUCAUGGUUCCUGUCUAUGCAGUUGAAUCAAUUUUAUCCUUGUGGAACCCAAAACUUUCCCUUGCCUGCGACAUAUUGAGGAACUGUUAUGAAGCAUUUGCACUCUAUUCUUUUGGAAGCUACUUGAUCGCUUGCCUUGGAGGUGAGCGUCAGGUCGUUGAACUGCUCGAAAAUGAGUCGGGGAAACACAUCAACCAGUCGCUGCUAGGGGGAGAGGAGAAACCCGAGACACAAAAAAGGACAUUGUAUAACUUCAUUUUCCACCCAUAUGUCGUGGGGAAGAACUUGUUUACUAUAGAAAAAUUUGGUCUUGUACAAUAUAUGAUUUUGAAGACGGUUUGCGCAUUCCUAGCUCUCAUUAUGGAAAUUUUUGGGGUAUAUGGUGAUGGGAAGUUCAACUGGCACUGUGGAUAUCCUUAUAUCACUGUGGUACUAAACUUCAGCCAGAUGUGGGCACUAUAUUGUCUCGUCCAAUUUUAUAAUGUGACGCACCAUAAACUCCAACCGAUAAAACCACUAGCAAAAUUCAUUAGCUUCAAGGCCAUUGUUUUUGCAACAUGGUGGCAAGGGGUGGGUAUUGCCUUUAUGUGUUCUUUAAGGGUGCUCCCAAAGGAACGAAAGUUCCAGACUGGAUUGCAAGAUCUUCUGAUCUGCUUAGAGAUGGCCGUUGCUGCUAUUGCUCAUGUUUUUGUCUUCUCAGCGAAACCUUAUCACUUCGUGCCAACAUCUUUAUAUGAAGAGAUUAGUGCCCGAAAAGUAGAAAAAACUUUAAAUAUAGAAGAUAGAGAGAAAUCAGCAGUUGUUGAAAAGAUAGAAGCUAAGGUUGAGGUUCCAGGGACAAGUGUCGCUGAAAGUGUCCAGGACAUUGUUGUUGGAGGAGGUCAAAAAGUUGUGAAGGAUGUAGUUUUGACUGUAAACCAGGCAAUCGAGCCAGUAGAGAAGGGUAUGACAAAGAUCCAAGAAACUUUCCACCAAACAUCAGUCGAUAAUGAGAGAGAAGAAAAACAAGAGACAGAAAUUAAGAUCGAGGAACAAGAAGAGAACUUAACAGGCAACAACAGAUAUAAAAGAGAGACGGAAAUUAAGGUUGAGGAACAAGAACAGAAUUUAUCAGGAGACAACAGAUCUCAGGUGUCUGUAUCACGAGAUUAAAGGCUGAAAACUUGAGGUGGUAUUAUUGGUACACUAUUUAUGUUGUGUCAAACGAGUUGAAAGACAAAAGAUUGUCAUUGAGGUAUUUAAUUCAUGUUCUUACUUAGCUGGUCUUGUAUAUAACAGUUUUUUUUGUUAUUCAUAAUACAUGGAUUUCUUUCCUUUA